ACCCGCGGGUGACUCGCACACCCGCAGGUACCACCCACGGGUGACUCGCACACCCGCAGGUACCACCCACGGGUGACUCGCACACCCGCAGGUACCACCCACGGGUAGAGACCCGUACCCGACCUACUUGACCCGGGACAGGUACGGGUAUGACCAUAUUUCUCAACUUACCUGCGGGUAGCAUCCGGUCGACCCAUGUCACGCCCUAGAUACAGCGGACAAAGGCAAAACUGAUUUAAGCAUCCCCGUUCAAGUCAGUGUUCAGGUGGCAGUCGGCAUCGCAAAGCAGUUCUUCCUGCUACUACUGCCAUAAGCGUAUAAAAGAAAAGCACUGUCAAUUUCCUAACUACAUAUCCGAGUCGAAGUUCUUCAGAUUUAUCUGAUACCAUAUCAGCAUCCUCACAGACAAUGCGCUUAUCCCUUGUCCUCACCGUCGUCGCUGCUUUAACAGCAUGUGUAUAUGCCAGUGACGCCGAAGCUGAGGGCUCAUCCCGUAGUAACAUCGCUCGAGAACUAUUAGUGGGGUGUACAAUAUUACCGGCGUGGGUGUUUAAAGACUUUAGUGGCUGUAAUAUUAAUUCCCGCUACCAGGGUCUUAUCGACGUUGAUUUUCACGUUUUUGCGAUGGACCAAGCUGUGUUUUCGAUGAACUUCUUGUCGCAGCACGGAUCAUUGGAUGAUCAGAUCUACUUCACUGUUGCUGCCGCUAGCCAGAAUGGCACGACCAAGACAACAACCUCCAUUGACGAAUCACCGCUUCCUACAACUGCCUAG